AUAUAAAUGGAAAAUCAGACUGCAGUGACUUAUUUUGUCCUCUUGGGAUUUUCAGACAACCUACUUGUCCAAAUUUUCCUUUUCCUGAUGUUUUUGUUUAUAUAUACAACAACUCUGCUGGGAAAUAUGACAGUUAUGGCAGUAAUAAGGAAGAACAAUAACCUCCGGAGCCCCAUGUACUUUUUUCUCAGUCACCUGUCUUUUCUUGAUAUCUGUUUUUCAUCAGCAACGGUACCUAAGGGGUUGAUAAAUUUCUUUUCAAGCCACACAAUCUCAUACAAUGGCUGCAUUGCCCAGAUCUUCUUCAUCAUCAUGACAGGAUGCACUGAACUUUAUAUUCUUGCAGUCAUGGCUUUUGAUCGAUAUGUUGCCAUAUGCAAGCCCUUGCAUUAUGUACAAAUCAUGAACAGAGUGUUUUGUAGAUGGCUGGUAGGAAGUACUUGGACCAUUGGUUUCAUACAAGCUUUAGUAAAUACAUUACCAUUGUUUAAACUAAUGUUCUGUGGUCAAAAUGUCAUCAGGCACUUCAGCUGUGAACAACCAUCUUUAUUGGCUUUAUCCUGCACAAACAUUUACACUAAUAGGAUCAUACUUUCUAUUACUGGUAAUGCAGUUGGGAUUUCUUCAUUUCUUUUUAUUUCAGUGUCUUAUCUCCACAUUUUUUCCACAGUCCGGAAAAUGCACUCAGCAGAAGCUAAAAGAAGAACCUUCUCUACAUGCACUCCCCACCUCAUUGUUCUGGGUUUGUACUAUAGCUCUACCUGGCUUAGAUAUAUGAAACCUGAGUCAAUGUCUUCAAGAGUUCUGGAUGCAAUCCUCUCCAUUCAGUAUAGUAUCUGCACCCCUAUGUUGAACCCCAUCAUCUACAGCCUGAAAAGCAGGGAUGUGAAGGAAGCUAUAAAAGAAUUAAUUGGGUACAAAGAA